CUGGUACCUCAGCGGAUAUUGGAAUACGAAACCGAAGACAAAGAGAAAGAGAAUCACGGAAGUGGGAAUAACCCGCAAGCGAACCAAAUGGUUUUGAUAGAAGCCGGUGAGUCUCAUUCUGGAUGCAUUGACAGCCUCGGCCGUGUCUAUUAUGAUUUGAAGAGCAGAGAAAUUCUGAGUGCAACAGGUUAGUUAAACGUCGCAGACCGUGCUGAGGGGUUGUGCUUGAACUUUACCAUUGAUUCUCAUGUAACGAACUCUCUAAGUCUCUACGUGGGGCGCAGGCGGCUAUUGUCGGACUGGGCAUGGGGCCGAAACGGACUGCUGCAUUCCGAAACAAGUGGACGGAUUGCGGUCUACCCCGUGUGAGAUGCUUGCUUUCGGAGUGUUGCAUUCGUUGGCACUGACCCGAAAAGGCAAAGUGAUGGGAUGGGGAGGAGGGCCUGCCACCGGGCUCCUUUUUCCUGGAGAAGGCCUCAUUUCCGCAAAUCCACGGGAAGUCGAAAUAGCCGACAAAGACAGUUUUAGUGCGAAUCCAGACGCUAGUCCUCCGGUUGUAAUGCAAAUUGCAGCAGGUGCCAUGCAUUCCCUCGCACUCACGACGUCUGGCGCUAUUUUCGCAUGGGGGCAAAGUGGCGAAGGCCGGCUUGGUCUCGGUGCGAAACAAGCCGC